GGUUCCUUUGAUGACCAACAAGAAGAAUGUGGCCGUCCUGAUCAGCAGAGGACUGAAAAUAUGCAAGAUUCUAUGGAGUACAAAUGGCCAUGGCAAGUGAGCCUCCGACAGAAUGAACGCCAUGUGUGUGGAGGAGCUCUCUUGGCCCCAGAAUGGGUGGUGACAGCUGCCCACUGCAUUAACAGCAAUUAUGAUUACUCGGUGAUGAUGGGAGACACAAAUCUCUACCCUAUCAACUCCAACUCACCUCCCAAGUGAUUCCGUCAUGGACAUCCUCCUGCAUCCCAAGUACAGGAGUCGGACUAUAAUCAUUGGUGACGUGGCUCUUCUCCGCCUCAGUGCCCCCGUGCCCCUCACCAAGCACAUCCAUCCCAUCUGUCUGCCCUCUCCUCAGUUUGAACUGAAGCCUGGGACCCAGUGCUGGAUGACCGGAUGGGGAGAAAUGAGAGAAAGCCACAAAGCAGGUCAGCCAUUAUCUGCAAAGCUCCAGGAGAUGAAGGUCUUCAUCAUUAACCACAAGAAGUGUAAUCGAUUUUACCAUAUUACUGCUCCUUCUCCUCGAUAUAUCCAUUUCAUCGUGGGAGCUGUAGUUUGUGCUAAAGGCCUUGGAAAUGACACUUCCUGCCAGGGUGAUCCUGGAGGCCCCCUUGUUUGUAAAGCUGAAACAACCUGGAUUCUGGCAGGUGUGGUGAGCUGGACAAAAACCUGUUCUCACCCCGAUUAUCCAAGUGCUUAUGCCCGAGUCAACAAGUUCUCUAAGUGGAUUGUAAGCCACAUGAAGUACUCAGCCUCUCCUCUCCUGGACUUCUCCUGGAUCACACUCCUUUUUGGACUGCUGCUCUAUCUCUUCUAAAGACCCUUGCUAGCCCUCUCCACUUCUCUCCACAUCUUCCUCAGCCCCUUGCUAUCUCAGCAAGCACUUCUCCAAGUAACUUCCUAUCCCUUCUUGACUGCUGCUGCUUCCUUAAGGACUUUAUGCCUCUUCCUCAGGCUUCAUAGCCUCUCAGAUAGCUGGGUCCCAAGAAGGGAAAUAGUCAAAAUAGAGGGAAGUAAGUACCAUGGCUACAUGAGUGCAUGGGCAAGCCAAGUUGUUGCAUCAGAAGAUAGGAACACAAACCUAUCUAGGGUUUAUGGAACAGGAGGCAGGACUGGAGAGAGGAAAGGGGCACUGAAAGAAGGAUCAAGAGGAUCAGGGUGCCAUCUCAUCAGAAUGAUCAGGGGGAAGGUCCCCUGAGAAUUUUGGUUAAUUUGGGUGAACCUCUGAAGAAGAGGGGUAUCAGGAAUGUGCCUCCACAAUGAGAUAGACAGCCAUCAUUAAAGUUUGAGACAGCAA